AUGGCACCCAAACUCCCUCCUUCACCUCAACCUAACGAGCGUGAUGCGCCCGACAACAACAGGUUGUUGGAAACAGUGAUUGAGAGGCUACAACAACAAAACGCUCUCCUAAUGGAGCAGAAUGCAGCUGCUCAACAGAGUUUGGAGGCCGCUCGCGCCAACUCUGAAGCUACACAGAGGCAACUAAUGGAGAUUCUUGCAGCUAAUAGGAAUACGCAGGGAGCGUCUUCUUCCAACGCUGCCCAACAUACUGAGUGGAGCUUGGAAAGCUUCCUUCAACACCAUCCUGCAAAGUUUAGUGGAAAAUGCCUUCCUGAUGAGGUGGACCAGUGGCUGAGCGAUAUGGAACGUAUCUACAACGCUAAGAGGUGUCCGGAUGACAACCGGUUGGCCUUUACAGAAUACUUGCUGACUGGAGAAGCUAGCCACUGGUGGACGAGCAUGAAAGCUAUUUUAACGGACGCUCAGAGUCCCAUUACUUGGGCGAUUUUCAGGAGUAAGUUCUAUGAGGAAUACUUCCCAAGCAGCGUUCGUUACGCUAAGGAAGUUGAGUUCCUUCAACUGGUGCAAGGAGCGAAAUCUGUGUCGGAGUAUACCAACACGUUCAAACAUCUGUUGAGGUUCAAUACCAUGGCGAAUAGUGAGGAGUGGCAGUGUAGAAAGUUUGAAAACGGGCUGAGGAGUGAUCUGAAGGUGUUAAUCUCCAGCUUAUGUAUUCGGUCAUUCCUUGCAAUGGUCGAGAGGGCCAAAGUAUUAGAGAAAAACAUGGCUGAAGUCGAACAGCAGAAGAAACAACAAGCAACCAGGGGACCGAUUCUAACGAGAACAAAUCUGAAUCGGAAUAGGACACCGUAUGCUCGUCCAGCGCAGUCAAGUGGGUCUCAGGCGUUGGUUGUUGCUGAACAGAUGGGACAACAGGGGUCGAUCAGAUGCUUUCAGUGUGGAGGACCCCAUUACAAGUCGGUCUGCCCUCAGUUGACUGGAGGGAAGUAUUGCACUCGGUGUAGAAGAAACGCCCAUCUGGAGAGUGAGUGCAACAUGGGCGGACGUGCGGUCAUGAGGCCACCGAACGCUGGAAGGACCCAGCAAGGGAGAGGUGGUCGAGCCCAAGCUGUUGGAAGGGUGUAUGCAAUUACGGGCGCUGAGGCAGCAAGUUCAGGUACACUAAUUACCAACAUCUGUUUAGUAUAUGGAGAACCCUGUUGCGUGUUGUAUGAUUCGGGGGCGACACACUCCUUCAUCUCGAAGGCAUGCGUUGAAAAACUGGGGUUAGUUGAGAGCGAGAUGCAGUUUGACUUGGUGGUGUCAACCCUAGCGGCUGGUGAGGUUAGGACGUCUGCAGUCUGUAUUAGAUGUCCUAUUGAGGUAGAAGGGCGUAGGUAUAAGGUGAAUCUUAUAUGUUUACCUCUCAAGGAGCUAGAAGUGAUUUUAGGAAUGGAUUGGCUGACUACCAAUCACAUUCUCAUAGACUGUGGUGCUAAGGAAUUGAUCUUUCCUGAAGAAGAUGAAGAAGAUUUGUCUGUGACGCUCGGGCAGUUGAAAGAAGAUAUCAUGGAGGACGUCAGUUGCUUUCUGAUAAUGACACAUGAAGACAAGGAGGUUGGAGAUAGGAAUUUUGAAUGA